AUGGCACCUUAUGAAGCUUUAUAUGGAAGGAAGUGCAGAUCACCAAUUGGCUGGUUUGAAGUAGGCGAAACUGCUUUAUUUGGACCAGACCUUGUUCUUCAAGCUAUGGAAAAAGUUAAGGUGAUACAACAAUGGCUAGCAACAACUCAAAUCCGACACAAAUCAUAUGCAGAUGUUAGAAGAAGAGGAUUAGAAUUUUCUAUCGGAGAUUGGGUGUUCUUGAAAGUAUCGCCAAUGAAAGGGUGCGUAGGUGACCCAUCCUAUAUCACUCCUAUUAAAGAUGUACAAGUUACAGGGGAUCUCACCUAUGAAGAAGUACCUAGUGCUAUUCUGGAUCGUCAAGUUAAAAAGCUAAGGAAUAAAGAAAUGGCUUCAGUAAAGGUGCUUUGUAGGAACCAACAAGUGGAAGAAGUAACGUGGGAAGUUGAGAAAGCGAUGAAAUCCAAGUACCCAUAUUUAUGUGAACCUAAAGGGGAAGUACAAGGUGCAGAAUGGGGGCAUUAA